AUGCGCUACCCACUCGCACUGAUUCCAGAGCCCGACAAGAAGCGCGCCCACAAGCUCGAGUACUGCAGACGUCUCAUUCGCAACAUCGAGCACUUCGACACGCAUCCGUGGGUCUGGGGCGUAGGCUCCUUCGCCCCCCUCCCACCACUCCUCAGACUCCCCGCGGAGCUACGCCAGAAAAUCCUCAACGACGUGCUCGACGACGACGAGGUCCGCUACCGGCCCAACUACCUCACGCAGAACCUGGCGGUGGUCUGCAAGACCUUCUCCACGGAUUUCAUCGAGGUAAGAAAGUUGUGGGACCAGCGCGAGGCGGAGCAGGCGAAGGGGUAUGGGAUGGAUCGAGCGAGUAUGCGCAGCUACAUUGCGGAGUUGAAUGGGGAUCGGGAGAGGGCGGCGGCGGUUAUGGCGGAGCGGAGGGAGGCGUUGAAGGGGAAGAAGGGGAGGAAGGGGAAGAAGGGGAGGAAGAGGGAGAUGCGGAGGGAGGUGGAGGUUGAGGAGAAGGAGAAGUUUGUGGAGAAGGAGGUUUUCAAGUUCAAUAACUUGGCGAUGAGGCCGAAGGGGAAGAUUACGAAGUUUGAGUAG